AUGCGUUUCAACACCUGCUUUCUUGGCCUCCUUGCGGUCUCCAGUGCCGCUGCUAUGGGACUGUGUGGCACAGCCAAACCAUCAGAUGAGCAACGACGUGUUGCUCGUGAUAUCGAAACUCGAAGCAGUGGUCGUUCUUUGGAGAACCGCGCGGGUAUCGAACUCGAGGUCCUGAGCAACGCAUACAACCCCCACAAAAUCAACUGCAAUCUCAAAGGAGCCGACUUGAUUGUCCAGCCCUCUUGGUCGACCAAUUGCCUUCAGUUCGUAUCGAACAAGUACUUUCGCAAGGGGACGUAUGCAGACCUGAACGUCUACUUCUUUCCCAGACUAGGAUGCAUUGAAGGGCGGACCGUGCCGCCAAACGAGGUGGUUUGGGGAUACAGUACAUUUCCUUCUUACUGGAUCGCUUCGAAUACAAAUGUAGCGGAUAAAGGUAUUAUUCUGCGAUCGGACUCGGUGCCCGGAAGCAAUUCAGACAUGAAUAUGGGAAUGACGCUGGUACACGAGGUUGGACACUGGUUUGGAUUGCUCCAUACUUUCGAAGGCGGCCGUGAAGGUAAAGGAUUUGGUGUCGAUACGCCCAGCAUUGAUGCCUUCCACGUCCAGGAUGGAGAUGGUGUUGAUGACACACCACCAGAAGAUGAUCGUACCGUCAUGUAUAGCUUUGGAUGUGCUCGCAAAAGAGAUAGUUGUCCGGGUAGCGGCCUUGAUCCCGUCGAAAACUACAUGGACUACUCCGCCGAGUGA